UAAAAAUGUUAUAUAUAACUACAUGCUCAGUAGAUAAGCACCUUUUUGUAUAGAUAUCGAUAAAAACAAGACAAAAACCAUCGAUUGUAAUUAACCUAGUAGAUACCUAUAGAAUAUCAGGAAACGAGAUUAGAAAAAAAAUAGGGUAUUCAUUACAGCCAAGACCGAUGGUUUUAAGUUUCGAAACAAGAAAACUAGUAUUAAAAUGUGGAGUUAGAAGGUUUCUUUAAAUCCCCUUACAAAUACGCCUUAUCACUCAUAGUAUACACAGACGCUCUUCUCCUUAUCAGUUAUAAUUAUCAAUGGUGCCUGUUAAUUGGGAUACGUCUUUAAACUUUUAAACCAGUGUUUUAUUUACUUCUUCCUCAAGGAAUUAUCUGUGUAACUCUGUAGAGUGCGUAUGACACGUUUUAUUUGAAUCAGUGUGUUUUAUUGUGAAAGAAUCUAAGUGGAAUUUAUCUUAGUGUGUACCUGAUGUGUUUAUUGUUCGGUGAUACUUAGUGAAAAGUGGAAAUACAGUUUGAAAUGUCAAAUGCUAACCAGUCCAGUAUUCAAACGAGAGAUCACUUGUACAAGAUAUUAGUGAUUGGUGAUUUGGGCAGUGGAAAAACGUCCAUCAUCAAACGAUAUGUGCACAGAUUUUUCUCACAGCAUUAUAGAGCCACGAUCGGGGUCGAUUUUGCUUUGAAGGUUCUCAACUGGGACGAAUCCACCCUCAUCCGCCUUCAGCUGUGGGAUAUCGCAGGCCAGGAGCGGUUCGGCAACAUGACCCGAGUGUACUACAAGGAGGCGGUCGGGGCCUUCAUAGUUUUCGAUGUGACGCGGAAGCAGACGUUCGACUCGGUGCAGAACUGGAAGCAGGAUCUGGAUAGCAAGGUGCAACUGCCCGACGGGUCCAAUAUACCGUGCGUGCUGUUGGCCAACAAGUGCGAUCAGCAAAAAGAAGGUAUUGUUACGAACCCCGAAAAGAUGGAUGAAUACUGCAAGGAGAGUGGUUUCCACGCUUGGUACGAAACCUCGGCCAAAGACAACAUAAACAUAGACGAAGCGGCAAGGUCGUUGGUCGAGAAAAUUUUGGCGUACGAUGCCCUGCUGAACAACGAUUCCAAAAAGGCAUCGGAUCAGUUUUCGUUGAGAGAUUCGGACGGUCAGAAACGGGGAAAAACUUGCAAUUGCUGAUACUAUCUUCAUGGCACCUUCUAUACGUUGAGCAGCUCAGUGGUUUUUUGUUUUAUAAACUUUGUUACAUUCAUCGUUUUAUAAUUUUUCUAUUGCAUUUUGAUCACGUAUUAUUUUAUUGAAUCGAUUAGAUAACUAGGUAGGUAUACAUUUUCCUUAUAGUCAUAAUAUGUUUGUAAAUAUUUCUUUCUCAAUAUACUCAUGUAAACC